AUGGGUCGGGACUUCGAUGGAGCUUUCUGCGGCUUGGCAGACUUUAAGACGACUGACCACCCAAUGGUUGGAUUCACACUCAACGUCAAUCGCGUGCUUAACUCGACAAGCGCACGCGAGCUACUGGAUUUGCCUUAUACAGCGCUUGCGAACAUGACCAUCUUCCGCGAGCCUAAGGACAUAAUGGCCUACCUGCAGCCGGUGUGCAUCGCCUCCUGUUUUUCUGCCGACUCAACGGGGUCAGGCGGCGCAGAAAAGUUCGAGAGAACGCUUAAAUACACGCACAACGGCAAAAUGUUGGGAAGAUUCUGUGUCCCCGCCGUCGAGGGACUGGACCAUACUUUCCUGCCCUACAGCGAAUACAUUCCCGAGCGACUCCUCCGGGGUUGGCAGCAAGCGGCCGAGGAGCUGAGCAUCUCCUGGCCUGCAAUCGCCGCCUGCGCGGUCGUUGCUUGUGUUGUGGGCUUUCUCUGGCUCGUUGCACUGCGCCUCCUAGGGGGUGCGCUGGUCUACGUCGCCAUCACUCUGUUUCUCGCCGCCUUCUUCGUCACCGGCGGCGUCGGCAUGUGGUUUGUCCACGCCCGAGCGGUCCCCGCCGAGACCGUGCGUCCUGGGGUAGACCCUCAAGGGACUGUGAUGGCUUCGUUUUGGAUUGAAGUCGCCCGGUACUCCAGCUACACGCUCUUAGGCCUUGGCGGCGUUUUUGCCGUCCUCCUGGUCUUCCUCUCCCAGUGCAUUCGCGAAGCCGUUGCCGUCACAAAGGUCGCCGCGAUGUUUCUUCACCAUAAACCGACCGCCGUCGCAGUUCCCGUGAUUACCGUCUCACUGCAGGCUGCCUAUUUCUGCAUUGCAGUCUACACGGCUGCGUGCUUGGUAACUGCCGUCGACGUUUUCCCCGAUAAGGUGAACGCGAUUAUUGGAGGUGUCCAGCCCUCGCGCUCCCUCGUUCACCGCGCAAAUCAGUCGAUUCAGCCGCCUCCUCGGCCCUUUGACAGCCUGUUGCCGUUGUCGCGCUCUUCGCUGGACGCCUCGAGCUCCGCGCCCGUCGCGCUCACUCAGCCUGACCCUCUCUCCUCGCCGUCUACCACGCACUUGACAAACACAGGCGUUGUUGUCAAGUCUCUCGGUGUCGCAAUAAAGUACCAUUUGGGAUCUCUCGCCUUUGGCUCUUUCAUUCUCUCGGUCAUCAAACUGUUCAAGUGGUUUCUCCGCUACCUAGCGGCUCAGCAUCGCCACAUCAAGAAGGGAGGAUCGGCUGCGUGCGUUCGCUGUUCGCCGUGUGGAGUUGGAAAGCUUCUCUCCACGGUCGGCGCAUGCAAUACCGUCUGGGCUGCACUCAUCGGCAUUCUCCGCUACCUCGUCAAAUGCUUCGAAAAAUGCAUUGAGUUCCUCGAUCGCCAAGCCUACAUUCAGAUUGCGUUAACGGGAAAGAAUUUCUGUCAUUCGGCCUGGAUCGCGUUCAAAGUCGUGAUGGAGCAUCCGAUUAGAAUCGGCUUGGCCGUCUUCCUCGGAAAAGCGCUCUCCUUCCUUGGCACAGUCGUAGUUGCUGCAUCUGCGACGGCAGCGGGAUUCUUCCUGGCGCAAUUCAUGUACAGCGAGAAGCUCUCCUCUUUCGUGUACACAACCCUUGUGUGCGCCGUUUGCAACCUGGCGAUUGCCUCGGUUUUCCACGAGGUAUAUCGAAUGGCGGUCGCCACCACGAUUCAGUGCUACUUUGCAGAUCGACGCCUCAGCGUCAAAACUGGGCAGCCGCCGAUCUUCACCCCCGAGCCGCUUCGAAAGUUCCUCCAUGGGCACGGACAGGAAUAA